UGUGUCACGUUGUUGUAUUUGCCACUGCCGGACUUGGAAAUUACACUGAAUGUUUCAGCCUGUGAAGGACAAUUGUCGCUGCCAAAGUCCGGUUCAAGCCAACCGACGCAUAUGCGUCUUCAGAUCACUGUGGCCAGCUUACUAUAAAGCCUCAUGAAAAUGCUUGCCAGUGCACCAACCGACAUUCGUCCAAUUUACAUCCCAACUCCCACUCAGACUUCACGCAGCAAUCAUGACGCAACCUUUCGAGCCGGGCACCUAUGUCAUCGUUAACAGGGUUCCCUGUCCAACCAACGAAACGCUUGCGAUCACCUACAACGGUCCAGAUCAGCCUUUGACCGUGAAUAUCAGGACCGAUUCUUCUCGCCAGCGUUGGAUCGUUCAGGAUUACAGACACAUAGACAUAGAGAACGCCAAAUCCUUGGUUCCUGUGGAUGCUACUGACUUCCAAGCUGUUUGGGAUGCCGACUUGGUGCAAACAGCUCAGAAAUAUAAUUUUGUAUGGAUCAUUCAACGAACCAACUCAGGAUACACUAUUCAGGAUGAUAUAGGAACUGCGUUUUGGGGAGCUGUGGAUGCAGUCGACAAUGCUCCGCUCGUCGUUGGAUCCGACACCGGUGACGAAAAGCACAGGUGGUCUUUCGAAAGAGUGCUGUAGACAUUGGAACAAG